GUCGAGCGUGUAGUCUGCCUACCUCUGCACUGGACCUCCCCACCCGAUGGUACUGCUCGUAAAUCUUUCCUCACGGCUCGAAGACCGAAAGGGGUCAGUCUCUUCGAGACCAGAACGGUGCGCGCUCUUGAGUCCAAUACCUCGGGGUUCUCCUCGGUAGGAGACAGCCUGUCCCGUCUAUCCAUGGUGCAUCUGCACCUCCUACCAAAGAGAUACCUAGUCAGAAUCUCGCCAAGAUGAAGUUCUUCAUCGACGACCUCCCCGUCAUUUUUCCCUAUCCGCGGAUCUAUCCGGAGCAAUAUGCCUACAUGUGUGACCUCAAGAAGACCCUCGAUGCCGGGGGUCACUGUGUCCUGGAGAUGCCUUCGGGGACGGGCAAGACCGUGUCCCUGCUCUCGCUAAUCGUCGCCUACCAACAACACUAUCCGGAGCAUCGAAAGCUCAUCUACUGCUCGCGAACCAUGUCCGAGAUCGAGAAGGCCCUGGCCGAGCUCGACUCCCUCAUGAAGUACCGCGCUGACGAGCUCGGCCACGUAGAGGAAUUCCGGGGUCUGGGCCUGACCAGUCGCAAGAACCUCUGCCUCCACCCCUCGGUCAAGAGGGAGAAGAGCGGCGCCAUCGUCGAUGCGAAGUGUCGUAGCCUGACUGCCGGCUUCGUGAGAGAGAAGAAGGAGAAAGGCGAGAACGUCGAAACCUGCAUAUACCACGACAACCUAGAUCUUCUCGAGCCCCAUAACCUGAUACCGAACGGCGUAUGGACUCUCGAUGGGCUCCUAAGGUACGGCGAGCAACACAAGCAGUGUCCAUACUUCACGGCUAGACGGAUGAUGCAAUACUGCAACGUUAUCAUCUAUUCCUACCACUACCUGCUGGACCCCAAGAUCGCAGAGCGUGUGUCCAAGGAGCUCUCCAAGGACUGCAUUGUCGUCUUUGACGAGGCCCACAACAUAGACAACGUCUGUAUCGAGUCUCUGAGCACAGACAUCACCGAAGACUCGUUGCGUAGGGCUACGAGAGGCGCCCAGAACCUGGAGCGCAAGAUCAACGAGAUGAAAGAGACCGACCGAGAGCAGCUCGAGAACGAAUACCAGAAACUGGUAGAGGGGCUUCGCGACGCCGACGAGAGCCGCCAGGAGGAUGCCUUCAUGGCGAACCCCGUCCUCCCCGACGACCUACUCAAGGAAGCGGUCCCCGGCAACAUCCGCAGGGCAGAGCAUUUUACCGCUUUCCUGAAGCGGUUCGUCGAAUACCUCAAGACGCGUAUGAAAGUCCGCCAGGUCAUCUCCGAGACGCCGCCCUCGUUCCUGGCGCAUCUCAAGGAGCACACCUUCAUCGAGAAGAAGCCGCUCCGGUUCUGCGCCGAGCGGCUGACCUCCCUCGUGCGGACCCUCGAACUCACGAACAUAGAGGACUACCAGCCGCUGCAAGAAGUAGCCACCUUCGCGACCCUGGUCGCCACGUACGAGAAGGGCUUCCUCCUCAUCCUCGAGCCCUUCGAGUCGGACGCGGCCGAGGUGCCGAACCCGGUGCUCCACUUCACCUGCCUGGACGCGGCCAUCGCCAUCAAGCCCGUCUUCGACCGGUUCAGCUCCGUCAUCAUCACCUCCGGGACCCUCUCGCCGCUGGAGAUGUACCCGAAGAUGCUGGGCUUCUCCACGGUCGUGCAGGAGUCCUACACCAUGACCCUGGCCCGACGGUCCUUCCUGCCGAUGAUCGUGACCCGGGGCAGCGACCAGGCCGCCAUCUCGACCGGGUUCGCGGUGCGCAACGAGCCGAGCGUGGUUCGCAACUACGGCAACCUCCUCACCGAGUUCGCGCGGAUCACACCCGACGGCAUGGUGGUCUUCUUCCCGUCGUACCUGUACAUGGAGUCGAUCAUCAGCAUGUGGCAGGGCAUGGGGAUCCUGGACGAGGUGUGGAAGUACAAGCUGAUCCUGGUGGAGACGCCGGACGCGCAGGAGACGUCGCUGGCGCUGGAGACGUACCGGGCGGCGUGCUGCAACGGGCGGGGGGCGGUGCUGCUGUGCGUGGCGCGGGGGAAGGUGUCGGAGGGGAUCGACUUCGACCACCAGUACGGGCGGACGGUGCUGUGCGUGGGGGUGCCGUUCCAGUACACGGAGUCGCGGAUCCUCAAGGCGCGGCUGGAGUUCCUGCGGGAGACGUACCGGAUCCGCGAGAACGACUUCCUGUCGUUCGACGCGAUGCGCCACGCGGCGCAGUGCCUGGGCCGCGUGCUGCGCGGCAAGGACGACUACGGCAUCAUGGUGCUCGCCGACCGCCGGUUCCAGAAGAAGCGCGCCCAGCUGCCCCGCUGGAUCGCCCAGGCCAUGCUCGACGUCGACGCCAACCUCAGCACCGACAUGGCCGUCAUCGCCGCCCGCCGCUUCCUGCGCAACAUGGCCCGCCCCUUCCGCCCCCGCGACCAGGAGGGCGUCAGCGUCUGGAGCCUCGACGACCUCCGCGCCCACCAGCGCAAGGUCGACGAGGACCGCAUCCGCGAGCUGCGCGAGCUGCGCGACGACUCCCACGCCGCGGCGGCGGCCGAGGCCCUCCUCCGCCGCCACCAGGCCGCGCGCGCUGCCGUCGCCGACGGCGACGACGGCGACUACGAGUUCGACUACGACAUGGACCCCCGCGAGCUCGAGCAGGGCAUGAUGGAGAUCGACGCGGCUUGAGGCUCGGGGCGGGACGAGGGGGGGAGGGGGGAGGAAGGGGUGCGAGACGGGGAAUUUGUAGUAGUCCGGAAGCAGGGUUGGACGGAUGAGCGAACGGGGGCUACAGCCGAUGGCAAUUCUUCAUAGUUCUCUGUACUCUCCCUCCUCCUCUCUCCCCCCGGAAGGGUGCGAGACAUGGACACGAUACGGCGGAGAGAGCGGCAGUGUCGUGAAAGU